GUCUAUAAGGGCGGAAGUUCUUUUAGCCGGAGAGUGAGUGGAGAGGUAUCGGAAGGGAGUCUAGUUGAAGGGUAGUCUUGAUUUCUAAAGCCCACGCCAUGUCAGAACAAGCGGUCCUCCUUCUCAGGAAACAAUUAGCAGAACUGAACAAGAACCCUGUGGAAGGAUUUUCUGCUGGACUGAUUGAUGACAACGAUAUCUACAAAUGGGAAGUGUUGCUUAUUGGCCCUCAGGAUACGUUGUUCGAGGGUGGCUUUUUCAAAGUACACCUAACAUUCCCAAAUGACUAUCCUCUGAGACCUCCAAAAAUGAAGUUUGUUACAGAAAUAUGGCAUCCAAAUGUUGCAAAGAAUGGUGAUGUUUGCAUCUCAAUUCUUCAUGAGCCUGGUGAGGACAAGUUUGGCUAUGAGAAACCAGAGGAGCGUUGGCUGCCAAUUCACACAGUAGAGACCAUCAUGAUCAGUGUUAUUUCUAUGUUGGCUGACCCAAACAGCGAUUCUCCAGCCAAUGUUGAUGCUGCAAAAGAAUGGAGGGAAGAUCCAAAUGGUGAAUUCAAGAGAAAAGUUGCUCGCUGUGUCAGGAAAAGUCAGGAGAUGGCAUUUGAAUGAACAGUGUUGCAGUGUUUCAAUCAAGAAAUCCUCCUCUGUACUUUGCAUCUAAUAAGCAAUAGAAUUCACGUGCAGAAGCAGAACGUAUCAGAGCUUGUGCGGAGUUUCACAGACCUCUAUUACUCAGUGGGCAGUUUACUUUUUUCCUUUCUAUUUAUAAAUUCUAUGAUCCUUCUGACGUUUUAACUGCAGAACCUUGACUUGAUUGGUUUGCAACCCAGCUUGAACUCAUUUAUUUAUUCAAAUAUAUAUUUUUGGAUUUGUAUUUUAUAAAGCACACAUUGUUAAUGAAUGUCAUGCUUGUCUGUAUUUACCCUUUGCCUCCUAUAGAUGAUGUUGACUAUACAGUUCCUAUGCAGUUUAUUACAGAACUCCAGCCUUCUGACGAGGACAGGGUUAUUCUUGCCUGUGGCUCUGAAGCUGCUUACUUUCCCACCCUAGCAAAUCUUGCCCAUAAACCUUAAAUAGCUUGCACAGUGAAGAUGAGAUGUUGGAGAAAAGUAUUGUAGUUAAUUGAAUCAAAUCCAGAGCUAGCAUGAAUGUCUGUGUGUGGGGGGGGGGGAUCUGGAUUGUUGCCCUUUCUGUCCCUGGUCUAAAAAUGUAACGUACAAUGGUUGCCAGCUAUACAUGAAUCCUUACUGCGUAAGUAAUUCAGUUAUUUUUUUUUUCUCAAGCAUUUUACUUUUUGUUUGGUUACAGAAUUAAACUAUUUUUGGAAUGUUUUUUGAUAAAUUAUGGCUCGUUUUUUGAACUCAAAUAAAAUUGUAUUGAAUUUUAA